GCAAGUUAAACAGUCUGCGCCCUUUUGCUGUCAGUUCCUGCUUGUUCACUCGGCGUGUUUCGAGUUUGCCUCCAACCGGGCGAGUCUCUGCGUAGGAGCAGUCGCCGUCCCUCUCCCGCAGGCUAGCCGGUGCACCGUAAAACCCCGGUUCCACUGAGCCCAACAUGUCAUCAGUAUUCCGGCCAGGAAGUACGUCCACCGCCUCGGAGAGCUCUUAUUACGAGAGUAUCCGAAGAUCCGGCUCUCCAAAUCCAGUAUUCGCUGUCAACGACCAGAAAUCGUACCUUACGGUUGGCAGUCCCACCGGCGUUGGCACGGUGUACCGGCUUGGAAUCAACCCGCAGAGCACCACCCUGAUUCUUGGACAGGAUGCUCAGCAACAAUAUCGGAAGGCAAAUGAUGUCAAUUAUGAACAGACCAUUGUGAGGCAAGGUGGGCUGUCAAACCCUUCGGAGAUACAGAACAGACAGCAUCAAUAUGUACUUGCUCAAAGCAUGAAAGGACUAAAUAUUCCCAAAGAUUCAGAAGUUGUAGUACACAAAACCUACGUGACGUUUGAGCCAAACACUCCUGCACAGACGUACAACAUCACGAAGGAACCCCAAUGGUUUCAGCCCUCACGAAACUCUCAAGUUAACUGGAAUAUCCAGUAUAAUCAAGACUCCAUAAAAAAUGUUCAACCACAACCUGUCCAGGUUUUAAGCUCUCCAAGUGAAUACACAGGCUUUCGGAGCACACGAAGCUCUGUCACUUCACAAGAGUAUGAAGAAAGCCAUUUGAGAAGCUCUGCAGGCUCAGAACCUCAUAGUCCUGUGCCAGCCAGGUUACAGAGUCCUCAAGUAGCCAGAGUGCGAAGUCCUCAAGCAGCCCAGAUCAAAAGUGCCAUGGAUUAUGAGAGUGGUAACAUUGAGAAGUUGGAUCCUCGAUAUUUUGGUGAACUGCUGGCUGAGCUGACAUGCAAGACCACUGACCUCCAUAACAUCCUCCUAGAAAACAUGCAAAAGAUCAAGGGAAAGCAAUUCAGUUUGGAUGUGAACACUGACCACAGUGACGCCAAGGAAAAUAUUGAAGCUUUGAUACCAAAAGGACUAUCUGAAUUGACAAAACAACACUUACGCUAUCUCUUGCAGACAAGAAUUACCGUGGACAAGUCCCUAAGACUACUCUUGGCCACAUUUAACAGCCUCCGUGAAGACCUGCUCCAUUUGCAAGAUGACCUAAACAGACUUGCAACAGACAAGGAAAUGCUGGAAAGAGAUCUGGGUUUUAAAUCUCAACAAGUGACGGAAUAUUUACAGCUCUUGGAAUCUGUGCGAGAGAAUAACAGACAGCUGCAGAACACUAUUAAAGAUAAUGGAUCAACUAACCGCUCACUUGAGGAGUUGAUCUUAACUCUGAGGAACUCAGAGGCAGACAAGGAGUUCCGUGUGAAAGAAUUGGAAUAUAGCAAGCGUGCACUGGAGCAAGAAAAUGAGGCACUCCGACAACAGCUGUCCAAGAGCCCAUCAAGCAAAUCAUCCACUUCAAUAUUUAGCACAGAAAUAUCUAAUAACUACUAUGAAAUGGUGAACAAACUGCGUGAAGAAAAGGACAAGGAAAUUGAUUAUUUAAGGGGACAAAUCAGCAGCAUGAAACGUGAACUAACUUCAGGACAAGAUAGCACCUUGAAAAGUAAAUUGGCAGAAUACAAUAAUAGCCUAAGUGAGAAGGAUGCCAUUAUUAGACAAAAAAAUGAGGAAAUCAUGAGACUGAAAUCUUUGUCACGUGAGACAGACAAGAAUGUGACACACACCAUCAUUACAAAACGGUAUCUUGAUUAUCCAAUACUGGGCCUUUUGAAAGAUUCUAAACUUACUUCACCUGGUAGAGAAUUGCAAACUGUUUUCAUCGAAAAGGGCCGGAAACUGUAACACAGGAAUUCAUUUCAUGAAAUUGAAGAGCAGUGUUUACCAUUUUGAAAAAGAAUUUACUCAACAUGUUUUCUAUUCUAUGAUGGCCUCUUUUACCUUGUGAUUAAAAGUUUUAAAAAUCAUCAAAUAAUGGUGACUGUAUUUUUAUGGGCCUAUUAGUUAACUGUUUAUUUCUACUGCUGUUAAAAAUAUUGGAAGCUUUGGGUGUGAGGGUGUAGCUUUUUAGCUCGCAAGCAAAAAAGAUUUCAUAGUAGAGUUAAACAUGAAUUUGGUGUGUGGUGUAUAGGCUUAAGAAUGUAAACUGUAAGAAACAGUGCAGUCAGGUAUGAAUUAGAACAAUGUUAUCCAAAAUGCGAGCUGCUACUACAUGCAAUCAUAAUUAUGGCUAGUUAAAUAACUGAGCAAUAGACAUCACAUUCUUUAUUAUGUGCAAGGCAUACUCACAGACCCCAUUCUCCAUUGUAAAAGAUUUGAUUAAAACGUUUCUUAGAAACCCCACAGUGUGGAAGCAGGCCCUUUGGUCCAACAAGUCCACACUGAACCUCAGAGCAUCCCACCCAGACCCAUCCCCAUAUAAACCCCCUAAUCUACACCUCUUUGAACACAAGGGGCAAUUUAGCAUGGCCAAUCCACCUAACCUGCACAUCAUCAGACUGUGGGAGGAAACCAGAGCACCCAGAGGAAACCCACACAGACACAGGGAGAACGUGAAAACUCCGCACAGACAGUUGCCCAAGGCUGGAAUUGAACCUGGGUCCCUAGUGCUGUGAGGCAACAGUGCUAAUCACUGUGCCACCAUGCUGCCCUUCUUCAGUUUCUGAAGGGUAGCAAUCUUUGUCAGUUACAUUUGUUUUAAGUGUAUGGAAGGUGUUUUCAACCAAAUAUUGACAAGUCAAAAAUUUAGCUUGGACAACAUAGAUUUGGAAGCAGUAGAUACAGAACAGCAUUGCUUUACAUUUGUGAUUACUCCUUUUAUGUGAAAUUCAGAAAAAUGGUAUACAAAUUUGCCAGAGAAUGGUAGUAUUGGCAAUGAUUGAUCAAGUAUAGCAUCAUAGAAUACCCAGAGUGUGGAAACAGACCAAGAGAUCCAUGCUGACCUUCUGAACAGCGUCCCACCGAGACUCAUCCCACUAACCUUGCAUUUUCCUAUGGCUAGUGCACCUAAUCUACACAUCCCUGAACACGGUGGGUAAUUUAGCAUGACCAAUCCACCUAACUUGCACAUCUUUGGACUAUAGGAGGAAACCCACACAGACAUGGGGAGAACGUGCAAAUUCCACAGUCACCGGAGGCUGGAAUCAAACCCAGAUCCCUGGCACUGUGAUGAUGUGGAGGUGCCGGUGUUGGACUGGGGUGGACAAAGUCAGAAAUCAGACGACACCAGGUUAUAGUCUAACAGGUUUGUUUGUAAACACAAGUUUUCGGAACCUUGUUCCUCCUUCAGGUGUUAAUAAGAGAGGUAGUAUCAAGCACAGGAUUUAGAAUAAAAAGAUCAAAAGGUUCAUACCAUUGAUGAGGAUGUACAAAACAAACCUCUUCUUUACACUGAUAAAACUUUUAGGUCUCUUAGGACCAUGACUUGAAAGGAAUUUGGAGAUUUACAUAUGCAUAUUAAUCAGUUAAAACCUUCUAAUUGAUUAAAGAUUUAACAGCAUCUCAGAUUUGUUGAGUACCUCCUGAUCAAUGGUAUGACCCUUUGAUCUUUUACUUGUAAAUUCCGUGUCUGAUACUGCCUCUCUCGCUAACACCUGAAGGAGGGUGAGUGAGGCUCCAGAAGCUUGUGUUUUCAAACAAGAUAACACAGUGUGGAGCUGGAGAAACACAGCAGGCCAGGCAACAUCAGAGGAGCAGGAAAGCUGAUGUUUCGGGAAGGGACCCUUUCUGAAGGAGGGUCUCGACUCAGUGUGUUUUCCUGCUCCUCUGAUGCUGCCUGGCCUGCUUUGUUCCUCCAAUUCCACACUGUGUUAUCUCAGAUUUUAACUAUAGAUAAUGAAAUGUGAGGCUGGAUGAACACAGCAGGCCCAGCAGCAUCUCAGGAGGAUAAUGAAAUGUGAGGCUGGUUUUGUAUAGUUUUUACUAUUUUUGUUUUCACAUAAAUCUAUUGGACUAUAACGUGGUGUUGUAUGAUUUCUGAUUUGGCUUUGUGAGGCUGCAAUGCUAACCAUUGAGCCACCGUUCUGUAUUUUAAUCAAAAUUGGAGCAGCUUCUAUUCUGAAGAUGUUUUCAUUGUUUCAAAUAGUUGAGAAGUGUGGCGUUUUUUAAGAAUUCUUGUUGUGAGGAUUGUUGUAUGUGACUAAGGCUAGUGAUCUCAGAAUUAGACUUUAAAAAUUGUAUAGAAAUUCUUCGUGACCCAAAGAAAGGGCAAUCAAGAGGAUUAAAUUCUAUUUAUAUUUAAGCAAACAAUUUUAUGCCAGUUGAGGACUGAACAAUGCUUUUUGAAAAUUCAUAUAUCCUAAUAUACAAAAACCAGGAUGAUUUCAGAGUAACAGAUCAGCAAUUUGUCAAAUCACCUUGGUUCUUUAUUUGUAAACAGUGAAACCACUAUGAUUCAAAUGUUAUGCUCAGUUUUAUCCUUUGUUCAUGAAUUGUAAAGUGGACUUUUUUGACCUUUCAUUGCUGAAGUCUUUUUCUGCGUGCAGUCUAUUCUUAAUUGUAGAUUUAUUUUUAGUGCAAAACAACUUUGAAACGUUAGACUGUUACUUUACCAUCAAUGGAGAUGAAAUGUGUAUGAGUUCCAACUCCAAGAUGACACCCGGACUAAAUAUCUGAGCAACAUACAACACAGGUCCAUUAGCAAACUGUAUAAAUAUAGCUCAUUUUCCCUGUUAGAACACUGUACAAUUUAUUGAGAGAGAAAGAAAAUACUAUAUUUCAUGUUGAUACAAAUACAUGAAUUUCUAUGUUUUUGGGAAAUCUUCCUAUUGAGUGCUUGGAGGCUUUUCUGAACUGCCUGACCAAGUAAUUAAAACUAAAGUAAGCUAAGUGUAUUUGUGGAAUCCCAUUAAUAAAGAAAACAUUAGAUUGUC